GCGGGUCUUACUAUCGAGAACACAUAACAAGUCACUUGUCUGCUGUCUACCCUGGUCUUUGCAGUUGGUGAUCUACCUGGAUCCACUUGCUGAACCUCUUAAGCUUUCCUUUCUGGGUUAUCUUCUUCAUAAUCUUCAUGCUGUGUUUUUGAUAUUUUCCCAGAGGACCUUGAGAUCCUGCGUGUCUACCACUACCUCUUUGUUGCUCCUGGGGCCAUCCUAUUGAUAUUGCCGUCCUUUGAAAUUCUGUGGCCUUGCAAUGUACCCUUGGAUUAUAUUGUUGAUUCUGUGUAGCCGCUAUUGCCAGUGCUCAGAAUUGCUGUGUGAUGUGAACGAAUAUGAGAAAGACGGUCAAUGUUGUUCUUUAUGUAUGCCAGGAAAGUGGUUGUUGAGAGACUGCACAAAGCAAAAUGACACUGUGUGCAUCACCUGUUCUGCCGGCGAAUACCAGGAUAAAUACCACAGAGAAACUAGCUGUUUGCUGCACAAAGAAUGCAAUGAACAGCUUGGAUUUGAGAAGAUAAGCGAAGGAAACCUAACCACAAAUGUAAACUGCAGAUGUCAAGUAGGAAAGCACUGCUCGAGUGCAGCCUGCGAAACAUGUGUGUUGAACAAAGCGUGUGGUCCAGGAGAAGGAGUUGUGCAAAGAGCUACUAGUGUUUCUGACACCAAAUGCUCACCAUGCAAUGUGGGGACGUAUUCUGAUACAGAAUCAGAGAUUGAGCCAUGUAAAGACUGGAGCAAGUGUGGUGAAGAAGAGGUGACAAUACAGCCAGGAACUCCUACUACUAAUCUUAUGUGUGGACCUAGGCCACCAACUAAUCAGUCUAAUGCUUGGAUCUAUAUCGUGGUCUUUGUGGCCGUAUUUGUAGCGAUUGUUUUGCCUGUCGUAAUCUUUGUGAGGAAAUCAAAACUUAGGAAGAAAAUUAGAAAGGCUCCACCUGAGGAGAACAAUCCACAGCAGCUUAUCAAACCUAAAGAAGGCAACCUUCCUGAAGAAGAUCAGGAUGAUCAGGAUAUUACAAUGCAAGGAUUGCCGGUGGCCCAGGAGCAGGGGAAGGACUACCAUAUAUCUCAGGAGGAAGUCUGAGAGAACGAUGCAUUUCAACAUCAGCAUAGCCACAGAAUCAGACAUC